UUUUGAUUUUUUUUUAACAUCAAGAAAGUCUCAGACUAAAAUAGUUCAGGAGCAAUAGGAAUUAAAGGUUAGGUUUAAACAACAGUAAAAUGACAGUGCUGUCGGAGUUCUGGAAUGUGCCCCUCGUUCAGCUUUGCAGAAACUCGACAGCUGGCAUACAAUUAGUUUUGCAGAAGAGUGAAAAGUAUUAUGCAGUGUGAAGAUUCCAUUUAGACACCUUUAACUUUAUUUCUGGAUAUUGCCAUCUGACUUGAUGUUAAAUUUAGAAAAGGAAUGCUUUUUCUACAAAUAUCUCUGGCUGUUGACAGGUGGCCAUAGAGUGUAUUCUCACUGGCAUUAUAACAACACAGAGACUGUACUAGGCAUAAUGUGAGAAGAUGUGAUACUAAAAGUGGAGUUAUCUGCAAUGUAUCUCUUCAGUACAUCACAUGACACUUCAUUUCAUCAUUACACAUUAAUUCUGUUCACUUGCCAUUUGCUCCACCAAGUAUUAGCACAACAUUACCAUUGCAAUGGAACAGAUACCUUUGUAAAAGUAUCGGGAUACAGUCAGGGUCAAGAUUAUUUACUUCCAUUAUAUGCAAGCCAAGGUCAUGUAGUAACUGGAGAAUGCUACAAACGGUGUAAGAAUUCUGCAGACUGUGAUGGAUUUCUGGUGGAUUAUACAUCUUCCACGUGCUAUCGAGUGUCCAGUUCAUACGGAACAGCGACAACUGUUAGCAGCGACUAUGGUUAUCAUUACAGUCCGCACUUAAACGAAACCAACUACUUUGAAAGGACGUGCUUGCCCGCUGGAGUGCCUACAAAGUGCAGUUCGAAGGGAUGGAUUUUUGAGAGAGUACCAAACUACGAGUUGGUUGGAUUUGACGUCGUGACGUACAUAAGUGACACCAGAGAAGAGUGCAUGCUGCGAUGUCUGCAGGAAAAUCGCUUCGUAUGUCGUUCGGCUGAGUUCACGUACGCCGCAAAAAGAUGCGUUCUGAGUAACCAGGACAGACAGACGAGAAGUGACUCCUACAGGGCGACACCUUGGGGCAUGGAAUAUUUGGAGAACCAGUGCGUUGAUUCUCCACCACCAAGUCAGACAUGUUCGUUUGAAGAAUACCCAAACAGAACUAUCAACUACAGAGACCUGGAGUUUACAAAUUUAAGUCAAGACACGUGCCAUGAUAAGUGUGUGAAUGAAACUAAGUUUAUCUGUCGGGGCUUGACGUAUGUGCCUGGCACAGCUCGUCAGAAUGGCGUGUCUGUCUGCUGGCUUCACGGUGAUGAUACUGUGAGUGUUGGACCUCGUGCGCUGAGGCCUCUUGCAGGGGCCAUAUAUAUGGAGAGAGUGCCCUGUCUAGAUCUGAUGGUUAUAUGUUCUGAACAGUACAUAAAUGUCACGUUAAGGACAGUCGCACCAUUCAGUGGGCGGAUAUAUGUCGUCGGCCAUUCAGAUUCAUGUAGCCGCCAAGGAAAUGGAGGAUACACCACGACACUUAAAAUGCCUAUAUCUGGUGCUGGAUCAUCAAACCAGUGUGGGAUUAUGAUUAUGAAAUCAGUUGGUGAAACAAACCAGACCCUUAUGUCGACAGUAAUUGUGAUACAACAAAACCCAAUCAUACAGCGACGAGGCGAUCGUUCAGUGAAGAUCGGAUGCUUACUGAAUGCUAGCUUUCCUCGAAACGUGACAGUAAAUGCAAGCCUUAUUUUGACAGGACCAGACAGCCAGUCGGGGGGUAGUACUAUCGUUGUCAACACAACUUCCGUUCCUCCAACUGUGCAGAUCCGUAUCGUGGACCACAGUACGGGAAAUCCAAACACCAAAGAGGCCCAGCUGGGCCAAGAACUUGAAUUUAGGAUUGACGUGGAUCCUGACAAUGGUCCAUUCGACAUCAUGGCAGGUCAUCUAGUAGCAACCAGCAAAGAUGGAAGUGAUUCAAUUCUGCUGCUGAAUGAUAAGGGCUGUCCUCCUGAUCCUCUUACCUUUCCAGCUUUCAGCAAGGCUGGUCCUAAUUCCAAGUCUCUUGUGGCGAACUUCCGAGCGUUUAAAUUUCCUCGUUCGCUUCUCGUUCGCUUCAGCGUCAUGGUGCUGUUCUGUCCAGGAACAUGCCCUCCAACAGACUGUGGGAAUGGAAUCGUUGCUUAUGGUCGACGCAGAAGAGAAAUCGCCACCAACGCCACGCUGUACGAAGAAAUGCCCCUGCAGACGGCGCUCGCUGUUUACAGUCCACAGUUGCUUCCAAGCUCACUUUUAGCAGCUUCCGAAGCGAAUGGCAAAAUUAUAAUUGGAAUUGAAGAUGCACCAGGUUCAGUCUGUGUAUACUUUGGAGCUAUAAUUGGCCUUGUAAUCGCAUGGCUCCUUCUGCAAUUCUUAAUACUCGUUGGCUGCUACUUUGUGGUUCGAGAAAGGUACAAGAGGAGGAGAGAUGACGACAGUAGCAGCAUGCAACACAAACUGGAGGACGACUUUAAUGGUUUUGAUAACAGUCGACACGUUCACUGGGCUGAUGAGGGAAACUGAGGUCGGUGUGUGCUUAAUACACUCUGGAGUUGUCGAAAAUAAAAUACGCAAAAACACGGAACGUGCUGUACACAACUUAGUUUACGGUGUCCUCUUCCCAAUAAUAUACUAGUUUGCAAGAUUUUAAUUUUGCUUUCUACAGUGUUAUAAUAAUGCAGAAGUCACUAGAUACGUUAUCCUUACCCAUUAACUUGAAUUUCAUAUAAAUUUCUCAUUUAACGUAAUGGUGUAGUGGAUGUCACGGUCAGGAGGUACCCAGUUCAAAUCUUGCACAUCUUACCAAAUUUUCAGUCUAAAUCCCUUGAUGUGAUUGCUGGGAAAUAUACCAGGUUCCUUCCAUAUCCUCACCAUCUAUUACCAUCCCGUUGUCGUAUUUUAUACUGCUGAACGUCAGCAUUUGUUACAAAAUAUGACUCUUCUGUUAAAGUUGGCCAGAGCUGCUUUCUCCUCAGAGUUUGUCCAGUUUUUCUUUGUUGUACAAGACAUUUAUACGACUACUAGGAAAAGAAAAGAUGUACGUUAAAUAGUCAACAACUGUUGGGUUUAUAAUUUUCUCCGGUAUAUAAUAAUUUUGCUUUCCUGCUAAAGCACUUAGUUUGGCUGGAGAGGACGUAAUAGAGGUUAUAGACUGUGAGCUUAAAAAAAUUGUUAAUAUUAUUGUCGUGCUAGAAUAUGCAAAUGAAUCAGUCAGUUUUUAUAUGAAUUAUUACAUCUGCCACGAGAAAAUUAAUUACGCUGGCUGUUUCUGAAUAUUGGCAGGCCUGUUCACGCAGUUAACUGCAUCAUUAUUUCCUGUGGCACGUGGGUUAUGUAAGCUGUUCAUGAUGGGGAGAAAGAAAGGCAGCAGGACCAUUUAUGCAUAAUUUAAUUUUCGCUCGUCGUGUAUCAGACUGACACGCGCGUCACAGACGUAAAAGAAAUGGGAUGGUUUCAGGUCGUCUAAAACGAAGUAAGGCGGCUUCUCUCAUUUAUUCACGUGCUAAGACGAAUCUCAGGAAGUAAACUGUCUGUCUGUACGUUGCUGUGAUUUAAAUUUGACAGAAUACAGCGUUAAGAUGGAUCACAGAGAGAUUGUUGGUGAGGAUGGGAGGCGAAUAGAAUUCGGUCUCGGUUUUAUCUAGUGGAAAGAUUGAAAAUUGGAUUUAUGAAAGAGAAUUUGAGAAUUAUGUGUACCACAUGCUCUGAUGAUCAAGAAAUCUGCAUUUUUCCCUCAGAAUGUAUUUUUGGGUUUUGUAACAUUCUCAGAGCAAACAGCAAUUAUUUUCUUAAAAAGUUCUCCAAUUUAUCUUUGUAAUGGAGAAGUUUUGUGUUUUCUUUGUGGUACGGACUGAAUUCUUAAGUAACAUUUAGAUGAGCUUUGGCUUCAAAGGGUUAAACAGGUUGCAGAAAGUUACUAAGUUCUGAAUCUCAGGGUGAAUUUAAGGAUGAUAAGUAGCCUAAAAAGUAAAAUUAAAUAAAAAAAGUAUUUUUGAAUUUAUUUAUGCAGCCAAGACAUUUUGUACCAACUAGGGCUAAACAGUGAAAGAGUUAAUAAUUAUUUUUCGUCAGCUUCCCUCUGUGACGUUGCUGUCACAUUGCGCACAAGCUGUGUCAAGUGGAGAUUUUCAGACUUUGCUUUGAGGACAUGCAUAAUAUUACAUGAAAUUUUAACACCUGGAGAUAUUGAUGCACAUGCAAAUAUUUUAUUGGUAAUGAACAAGAAAGAAUUGCCAAGGUAUUUUUGCUAUUUCAUGAUGAGAAAAACCAUUUAGCAGAAGUGAUUUCUCUCAAUGUUCCAGUAACAGAUCGGUCGAGUGAAGAAAUGUAUUACAAUACAUGUACAUUAUUUUAUUAUUACAAGAAAAAUUAAAUUUUUAAAGCGUCCCUUUCCAUUUAUCUAUCUGAACCUUAAGUACACUGAGAUGUGUGGAAGAGCAUUCUGUAUUGCACAUCUUCUGUGUAGAGUGCAGACAAUUUGAAAUGUAUUGUGUGAUACAUUGUUCAAAUCAGACAUGAUAUUGAAUUUACGACAGUAGAAAAGAUUUUUUCUAGUUGCUGAUAUCUAAGUAACACAUUGUAGGGUUACUCAUUACACAUUUGUAAGAAUAUAAACAGCAGUUUUGCAGGAGUUAUCGACAAUAAAUAAAACAGCUGUAUUCAGA